ACCCCGUUUUGCUUUCGGAUGUUUUUGGUUUCAUUUGUGGAGAAUAUUCUCCGCGAUUUUACGACAUAAGUAAUGUAAUAAUUAAGUGUCCGUCAUUUCGAUGACGUCAUGGGCCACUUGCAUUUUGAUAAGAGCUGGUGUUUCAACAGAAUAUACGGAAGUUUCUAGUGUUAGUUAUGUGUCAGCAACUACCGCUUCACUGUCAUAUAUUUUUUUUCUUGCCCCACAACAGUGUAGGAAUUGUAAAAAAUGGGUUUCUGUUACGACAACUUACGACUGUACGGAGUUAAAGCAUUCAGGAUAAUUUUUCAUCGAGACUGCAAAUAAAGAGAAACCAUUUUGACCAAAUUUGGAGCAUACAUCAUGUUUCAAUUUUUAAAUCCAUAAUUGCCACGUUCAUUGUAUAAAGACUUAAUUUUAUCGAAUUUCUUUUGCAUUUCAACAAUUCCAGUAUUAAUAGUUGCAUAAAAUUUACAAAGUGAAAGUUUAGAUUAAAAUUACCACGCCUGUUCAACUAAUCGUAGAGCUGGAAUAAACAUGUGCAGUCAGUUGAUAAACAAAACAUAAAUCCAGUGUAUUGCAAACGAACAGUCCGUCUCAGCGUGACCUAGGUGUCAACAAACACGUUUAGAAAUGCGGUUUUUAAUGUUUUCUCAAAUCGGUUGUGAUACUAACCACCCGGCUUAUGUCAAGGCUUACUACAAUACAAGAAGUUUUCGAUAAUACGAUAUAGAUUGCGAUAAUUGGGUCGAUUAUCGAUCAACAGGAUCCCUGAUCUGAUUUCAGUACUCGAAUCACUUUUUGGUCAAUUUCCGGUCGACAAAAAUAAAUUUAGGAAAUUAGAAUUACAAAAAUCCAUCGAUAAUUCGGCGUCGGCGCCUGUAAUCUCGUGAAACGAGUGAACAUUUUCGUUUAGCCGGUGUAACCUCACACAGCAAUAUCAAAGUUCAAUAAGAUAGUCCCUAUCAACAGUGUUAAAACCAAUCAAGGCCAUCCGUGAACGAAAAUUUGCUUAACAAACUAGUUCCAGUUAUUAGCAUAUAAUGCGUGGAUGUGUAAGAACUUUGUUGUAAGUCAAAAUCCAAACUCGCCGAAAUGGACAUCAACGUGAAUAUUGACCAACCUCGAUACGACCAAGAAACUUACACAGGAAGAGCCAAACACUUCUUCUUGACCACUAAUCCUCUGAACGUGUUUGUGACCAACGCCCAGCUGGAAAACGCUCGAACUUUGGUAAUCAAAUACAGAAACAGGCAACCUCUUCCCGCUGGAACUACCGAAGAAGAGUUAUGGAGGGCGAAAACUCUCUACGAUUCCGCUUUUCACCCCGACACCGGCGAAAAAAUGAACAUCAUAGGCCGCAUGUCCGCCCAAGUCCCCAUGAAUAUGAUGAUAACUGGAGGAAUGAUGACAUUCUACAAGUCAACACCAGCUGUAAUUUUCUGGCAGUGGUUCAAUCAGUCCUUUAAUGCUCUAGUCAAUUAUACAAACAGAAGCGGCGAUGCCACUUUUACAGAAAAACAAAUCGCUACUUCGUACGUGUUAGCGACGGGAGGAGCUGUGGCUACAGCGCUUAGUUUAAAUCGACUGUGUAAGAAUGCACCGCCCCUUUUAGGCCGGUUGGUACCACUGGUCGCGGUCGCUGCUGCCAAUUGUAUCAACAUCCCGUUGAUGAGAUCGCGGGAAUUACAAGAAGGAACACCAGUAUAUGACGCUAAUAAUAAUAAAUUAGGGUAUUCGAAGAAAGCGGCACAGGAGGGGAUUACUCAGGUCGUCUUUAGUAGGGUGUGUAUGGCCACACCCGGGAUGAUGUUCACUCCUAUUCUUAUGAAUUAUUUGGAGAAAAGGGGAACGCUGCAUAGAUACCCCUGGAUUAAUUUACCCGUGCAGGUGGGCUUCGUGGGGUUGUGUCUGACGUUUGCGACACCUCUAGCCUGUGCUUUCUUUAAACAGAAAGCACAAAUUGCAUACAAGAAACUAGAACCGGAAAUAAGGGAUGAAGCUGAUAAGCUAUAUGGUGCAUCCCCUCCAGAGUACGUCUUCUAUAAUAAAGGGCUCUAAACGACAAUCCGAUGACUGACUGCCAGAUUCUUCUAGUUUUUAUGCUUCACAAUAUGUGAAAGUGUUGACAAUAAUAUAUCAUUCCGAAGGCUGUUUUCCAAAACUGUAGCUACAUGUUGACACUGGUUACCUAAGUCGUACAAUAAAGUAUAGUUUUGUUUGAAA